GGAAAUGUCAGGCGGGCUCCUCUGGGUCCUACGACCUUCCUGGCCCUGGGAGCUGGUUUGAGGGUGCAGGGAAGCCGGGGGUGGGCGUGGGUGGCUGCGCGCCGCGAGGAGAGCGUGGAGUCUUCGCCUCUACUUUUUCUCUUCGACCUCUGUCCUGCAGAGCGUCCCAGGAUGGAUUCUGGGUUCAAACUGGGGCCAUCCUCUGGCCCAGAUCCUGGGCCAGGCCCAAGGAGUGGUAGAUGUAGCCUAGCAAGGGGCUAAAUAUCAGAAACAGGUAGGGUCAGGCUGCUGUCUUCAUUUGAGAAGCCCAGAUCCGCACCCAGGGAAUGAGCAAGGCACUGCCACUCCAGGAGUGAAAGGAUAGCCAUCACUGGGAAAUGGGGGCUAGGACGGGGAACGGCAGUGGUUCAGGAAGAGACAGAGGUUCUGUGACAGAUAGAAACUCAGUGAGGGCAUGGGGGUGGGGAGUGAAGGGAGUUAACCCUGUGGCUAGAAGAGCACCUGCCCUGCACCCACCCCCUGAGCUUACAUUUUCCUGGAAAGAGACCCAGGCCUUGAAGUUCCACAGGAGUAAGGUGGAACUCUAGCUCACUGGUCAGGACACCCCGGUUGCUGUGUGGAGUCAGUGUGUUGGGGACAGGAAGCAGGUUGGGCUGUUUGGUGGAGAAGAUGCUUCCACUGUCCCUCCACUCCCCUCCUCUUCUCUGUCUCCACCAGACCAUUGAUGAGCCAGUGCAGGAAAAUGGUCUUUUACUCUUGGUCAUGAGCUCAGCCCCACCUUAUCCCAGUUCCCAGUUCUGCUUGUAACUUGCUAUGUGGACACAGGUUCCUCAAGUCCUCUUUUUAGGCCUCAGUUUCCUCAUCUGGGCCUCAGUUUCCCCAUCUGUACAAGUGAGUUGGGCCAGCUGAUCUAUCAGGGCUAUUUUAACUCUAAGAUUCUAGUCUAAGCUUUCCUUAAAGCCUGAACACUGACUUUGUGCCAGGCCUUGUCCUAAGCUGGGGGUGGGUUGGGGAUGGAGUGGAGACUGCAAUGACCAAAAGCAGCCUCUACCCAAGGAGAAGGAGAUCUGAGUUCAGGAGAGGAGGCUGUGGGAGGAGGUAGCAGCCAAUCUGAGGAUGUGUGGUCAGGCAGGUGGAGGGAUAAGAAAACAUGCAGAGGCAAAAGAGUGGGGGCGUGUUCAGGAAUCAGGAAGAAGCCCAGAGUGGUUGGUGUGGGGAGGUGGGAAGUGGGGCAGGAAAGGUAGGACAAGGUGCUGAAUGCCAGGGUGGAGGCCUAUUUCUAACUGUCAUAAAGGGGGCCAUGCAAUGUGGGGAGCCCAGGAGCCCCGCCUAAUUGCAGUGUGAGGGAUUUUGGAAGCACUUGCCCCAAGCAGAGUUUAAAAUGGAGAUGGCAAAUGAAGCGCAGAAAUCUCUUUGCUCUGGAAACUGGGGUCCCACCCUGGGGACUUCUUUGGGUGAGAAGUUGAAGAGUCGGGAUGGAUGAGAUGACCUUUCACAUCUGGUAUCCUCAGGUCCGAGCCCCUGGACAGCAGCCCCAGGCCCAGCUGGCCAUGGCCCUGUGCCUGAAGCAGGUGUUCGCCAAGGACAAGACGUUCCGGCCGCGGAAGCGCUUUGAGCCGGGCACACAGCGCUUUGAGCUGUACAAGAAGGCACAGGCCUCUCUCAAGUCGGGCCUGGACCUGCGCAGUGUGGUGAGGCUACCACCCGGGGAGAACAUCGACGACUGGAUCGCCGUGCACGUGGUGGACUUCUUCAACCGCAUCAACCUCAUCUACGGCACUAUGGCGGAGCGCUGCAGUGAGACCAGCUGCCCGGUCAUGGCCGGCGGGCCCCGCUACGAGUACCGCUGGCAGGACGAGCGCCAGUACCGGCGGCCCGCCAAGCUCUCUGCGCCACGCUAUAUGGCGUUGCUCAUGGACUGGAUCGAAGGCCUCAUCAACGACGAAGAGGUCUUUCCCACGCGUGUUGGAGUUCCCUUCCCUAAGAACUUCCAGCAGGUCUGCACCAAGAUCCUGACCCGCCUCUUCCGAGUCUUUGUCCAUGUCUACAUACACCACUUCGAUAGCAUCCUCAGCAUGGGGGCAGAGGCGCACGUCAACACCUGCUACAAGCACUUCUACUACUUCAUCCGCGAGUUCAGUCUGGUGGACCAGCGGGAGCUGGAGCCACUGAGGGAGAUGACAGAGCGGAUCUGCCACUGAGCCCAGGUCUGGACUUUUUUGGCCAUCAGAUGGACGAUCUGAACAUAGGGUGGCUGGCAGAGGGGACCCCCAGGAGCCUGAAGGAAUCUGAAGGCACUGGAAUCACUCCACACACCCAAAGCCUCUGGACUUCUGGUUCUCAGGAGUCUGCCUACCUGUCGCCCUGACCGCUUGUGGAUGGAGAAGGGGAGAACAUCUAGGCAGGCAAACAGAAGGGAAGUGGAGUUAAACCUCUGGCAUGAAGUCUGGGAGUAGGGUAGGCUAGGGCGUUUCUUCUAUGACACUUGACCCUUCCAUGCUGGUUCCCAAGCCUAUUGGAGGAAUGUGGGUGUGGCCGAGGUGAUGGCAAGAAAGGUGCAAGAAAGUGAGCAGUCUGCCUGUGAGUGAGCACAGAUGCCGGGGUGUGUGUGUGUGUGUGUGAUUUUCACUGUGGGGUGUGUCUGUGAGAGCUAGCUGCCUUACCCCUCCUUGGCACAUAGUAGGCCUUCCAUAAAUGUUGGAUGGAUGGAUAAAUAGAUACCAUGGGACCAUCAGACCAUGACCACUGUAGGAGUGAUGACAGCUCAGCGUCCCCACUCAGUGUAUCUGACCAUGUGUGUAAGUGCACAAAAUGUGGUUGUAGAUGUUGCUCUACAUUCAAACCUUCCGGGCUACACUCUUCCAUCAGCACGAGUCCUGGAGAGCUGGGGGGAAGGUAGGAAGAGGAGCCUUGCCUUGAGUUCCUAAACCGACCCACUGCAGACACAGGCUCUGAUUCUCUUACCCAGAGAUGCCCAUGAGCUGACAUUUUACUCAUCCCUCUGCCUCCAAGAAGGCCUGUAUUAUAGGUGUCCUCCUGGGGGUUGGAGAUGAUCCCUCAAGUACACAAAGGUCCCCUGGCCCUUCAUCUGGGAAUCAUAUACUCCACUCUAGCUCCCAGAAUCUACAGACCUGGCUCCUCAGAUCUGAAGCCCAGCACAAAAUAAUCCCCCAGUCCAAGGAGCUUGUGGAACUUGAAUUGGGAACUUUGGAGUCUUGUCUCCCAUCCCAGCACAUUGAGGAUGUAGUUGGUGAAUGGACUCUUCCAGGCAUGGAGAUCCUCCAUCCUAAAAGUACCUGCCUCCUUCCCAGCCAUCCCUGACACAUUCCAGCCAGUUGGAUCUCACAGCACAGCUAUCCACAGGGAGACUGGGAUGUUCACGCAGCACUCCAUUACUCAGUACCUCCAUAACCAGCCCUAUACGCAGACCCACAGGUGGGGAAACUGAGGCAGGAACAGGGUUCUGCCCUCCCAGAGCCUCCACUCUGGGAUGCCAGAAUGGAAAGCCAGAGGGAACCUGAGAAUCAUCCAGUCUCACUGUCUCAAUGUACAUACAAGGAAACUGAAGCCAGGAGAAGAAGAGGGAGAAACUGUCCAGGGCCUGUCACACGGAGGCAUCCAUGGAGCUGGAGAAACCAGGGAUCCUGACCGCAGGGCCCAUCAAUUGCUACAUAGAGAUACACAUGGAAAGAGGGUUUAACAGACUCUCUCUAGGACACAACUGUUUCUGCUCUGAGCAAUAAUGUCUAACCUGAGGCCAACAUGUCCCACUGCCCCUUGGGUUGGCUGGGGUUGUUUCCUGAGCCAAGCAUCCAAUAUCAUGCCCCACUCAAUGGCCUAGAAGCUGCCUGCACUUUGGGGAAACAGAUGGAGCUCUUGGGCCCAGCCAGCUGGGCCUGGGACUUCUGCCUCUGCCGCCUCCAGAGUGGCCUGGCAGCUUUGCCAGAGGCUGCGGAGCGAGGGGAGUAGGAGCUUUCCCCAGAGUGCUGUGACUCGCAUGAUGGAUUCUAGGCUGUGGCAAGGGCUGAUUUCUGGGAUAGGGGGAGGGUCGGAAAAUUUAUUUUUAUGAAACAGAGGGAAGACUUUAUUGUUCUUAUUUUUGGUAAAAUAAAAGGCAAACUAAAGCA